AAUCUGACCAUUGAUGCAAUGUAUUCCAAUGAUUUAGAAAUUGGUGAGUUAGUAUUAAAAAUGUGGAAUUCUUUAGAUCUUUCAAAUAUAUUCCAUUGAGCAACAAAAGGCUUAGAAUCAAAAAUCCAUUCUCUCAUGAAUAUCAUACUUGUGUUUCUCUCUCUUCCAAGCUUGCUGAGUUUCGUCACGGCUGCUGAUGAUCCAACAUAUCUUUACCAUAUCUGCCCAAAUACAACUUCCAACACAGACAGCACCUUUCAAACAACCCUCAAUCUUUUCUUGGCUUCUCUUACAAGAGAUGCUUAUCUCAACGAUAAAUAUUCCAACGGUUUUUACAACGCUACCGCGGGCAAUGACCCUGACAAGUUGUAUGCCCUCUUUCUUUGCCGCGGCGAUGUCAAUAUGGACACCUGCCAACGCUGUAUUAAUGUUGCAACCGCAAACAUAACUAAUCUUUGUCCUGCUGUAGAACAAAGCUUAAUAUGGUAUGACGAGUGCCUUUUCCGUUAUUCAAACCAGACCUUCUUUUCUACCGUGAGCGUAGAAGACUCUGUGAUCAUGUAUAAUAUAAAUAAUUUUACAGGCACAGAUGACUUUGGUCAGAAGGUAUCGAAUUUGCUGACCGAAGCAACGCAUGAGGCUAUAAACGCUACCAAAUCUAAAAUGUUUGCAACCAGAAAGGUUAUUCUUGACGGGUUUCAAACACUGUAUGGUCUUGUGCAGUGCACACGGGACCUGUCAAAAAUUGAUUGCAAUAGAUGUCUUGAAGAAGCGAUUUCAUUUUUGCCUUCGACUCCUUUAAAAAUAGGAGCAAGAGUGUUGUUUGCAAGUUGUAACAUACGAUACGAACUGUACCCGUUCUAUAAUGAAGGAGAGCCGCCGCCAGCUGCAAUUCCGUCUCCACCUCCACCUCCACCUCCACCUCCACUUCCACCUUCACCUCCUCCCAAAGGAAGAAAAACACUAUGGAUUGCAAUUGGCGCGACAGGAUCAGCAAUUAUAGUAGUACUGCUGCUUGGCUCUUUCUUUCAGUGGAGAAGAAACAAAAGAGACAAAGAGGAAAACUUAACCAGUGAUAACGAAGUUCAAUUACUUCGCUUGGGAGGGGGCAGAGUCGGAGGUGAUUAUUCAUAUGAUACGUUAUUACAAGGGGAGCAGUUGGAAUCUCAAGACUUCCCCCUGUUUCCAUUAGGCAUCAUACUUGAGGCCACACAAAAUUUUUCUGAGGAAAAUAAGCUCGGAGAAGGUGGCUUCGGCCCUGUCUACAAGGGAAAAUUAGCGGAUGGUAAGGAAUUUUCAGUAAAGAGGCUUUCAAGAACUUCUGGGCAAGGGAUAAUGGAGUUAAAAAAUGAAGUUACUUUAAUUUCCAAAUUACAGCACAAAAAUCUUGUGAGACUUUUGGGUUGCUGCUUAGAGGGGAAUGAGUCGAUGCUCAUCUAUGAAUAUAUGCCCAACAAAAGCCUUGAUUUCCUCCUCUUUGAUUCGGCUAGGAGCUCAGAACUGGAUUGGAAAAGGCGUGGAAGUAUCAUUAAUGGCAUUGCACGAGGUUUAUUGUAUUUGCACGAGGAUUCUCGACUUAGAGUUAUUCAUCGAGAUCUCAAAGCUAGUAAUGUUUUAUUAGAUUCUGAGAUGAAUCCUAGAAUAUCAGACUUUGGAAUGGCUAGAAUAUUUGGUGGAAAUCAAAAUGAAGCUAAUACCAACAGAGUUGUUGGCACAUAUGGGUAUAUGGCUCCAGAGUAUGCUAUGGAAGGAUUAUUUUCAGUUAAGUCUGAUGUUUUUAGUUUUGGAGUUCUUCUACUUGAGAUUGUAAGCGGGAAAAAGAAUAGUGGAUUUUAUCUUUCGGAACAUGGUCAAAGCCUCCUUAAUUAUGCAUGGAAACUAUGGUGCGGAGAACAUGCAUUAGAGCUGAUGGAUCCAGUUUUGGCGCAAUCUUGUGUUCCAGUUGAACUAUUAAAAUAUAUACAUAUUGGAUUGUUGUGUGUUCAAGAAGAUCCAGUAGACAGGCCUACCAUGUCAUCUGUAGUAGUUAUGUUGGGUAGUGACACAAUUACACUUCCUAAACCAACUGAACCUGCAUUUUCUGUUGGUAGAUUUGUGAAUUUAGCUCAAUCUUCAUCAGAUAUUAAAGUUUCCUCCACUAAUGAGGUAACUCUUUCAAGUGUUUCGCCUCGGUGACAAUAAUGCUAAUUUCAAGUGUUUCAAGAUCAUUAA